AUGAAUGUCGAAGCUGGAGCUCAAUCUAAUCCUGAUGAAGGAGAAGCUAUGUUCGGCAAGGAUUUCACCUUGGAAUUCAGCCAACUUUCCAUCCGAAGAGCUUUCAUCCGGAGAGUAUUCAUUUUAGUCAGCAUAAUGUUUCUGACGGUCACCAUCAUGUGCGCUAUUCCGAUGUCUAUCCCAGGCGUGAAACAGUGGUAUCUAGAUAAUGGCUUAUGGAUAUACAUUCCUUCAGCGAUUGUGUUUGUUGUGUUUUCUUUGCUUAUGAGUUGUGUAACAUCGAUACGUCGUUCUUUUCCAGCCAACAUGAUCUGCCUUGCGAUAUUCACACUAGCUGCAGGAUUGAUGGUAUCAGCUAUUACAGUUACUUACACGGUUCAAUCAGUUUUACUUGCUCUGGCAAUUACUACAGCUUGCUCGGCUUCAGUGGUUAUCUUUGCCAUAUUCAUCAAAAAAGAUUUAACAAGUAUGAUGGGAAUAGCCUUUCUAUUAGGGAUAUGUCUCUUCUUUUACGGAAUCGUUGCAAUCAUAGCUUGUGUGGCUUUUAAUGUCACAUUUUUAUAUACAAUUUACGCUCUGUUAGGAUCGUUACUCUUCAUGUUCUAUUUGGCUAUUGAUGUUCAGUUGUUGAUGGGAAAUCGUAGAUACUCUAUUAGCCCAGAAGAACAUGUUUUUGCAGCCAUGAAUAUAUUUUUGGACAUUCUCAACAUAUUCCUUCUUCUAUUGUCUGUAAUUGGAGAGAAUUGA